UAUCCGGUUUCUUCGGGCGCUCAAGGAGCUGACGGAGUGGGCCGCCGCCCAGCAGUAGACGCUGUCUCAGGCGCCCGAGUCGCAGUUUCCGCGGUGUGUGAGUGAGCCCGGGCUCGGUCCCCUCUCCCGCCGCCGCCAUGGGCUGCACGUUGAGCGCCGAGGACAAGGCGGCGGUGGAGCGGAGCAAGAUGAUCGACCGCAACUUGCGGGAGGACGGAGAGAAAGCGGCCAAAGAAGUGAAGCUUCUGCUACUCGGUGCUGGAGAAUCUGGUAAAAGCACCAUCGUGAAACAGAUGAAAAUCAUUCAUGAGGAUGGCUAUUCAGAGGAAGAAUGUAAACAAUAUAAAGUAGUUGUCUACAGCAAUACUAUACAGUCCAUCAUUGCAAUCAUAAGAGCCAUGGGGCGGCUAAAGAUUGACUUUGGGGAAGCUGCCAGAGCAGAUGAUGCCCGGCAAUUAUUUGUUUUGGCGGGCAGUGCUGAAGAAGGAGUCAUGACUCCAGAACUAGCAGGAGUGAUUAAACGGUUAUGGCGAGACGGUGGGGUGCAAGCUUGCUUCAGCAGAUCCAGGGAGUAUCAGCUCAAUGAUUCUGCUUCAUAUUACCUAAAUGAUUUGGAUAGAAUAUCCCAAACCAACUACAUUCCAACUCAGCAAGAUGUCCUGCGGACAAGAGUGAAGACCACAGGCAUUGUGGAAACGCAUUUCACCUUCAAAGACCUAUACUUCAAGAUGUUUGAUGUAGGUGGCCAAAGAUCAGAACGGAAAAAGUGGAUUCACUGUUUUGAGGGAGUGACAGCAAUUAUCUUCUGUGUGGCCCUCAGUGAUUAUGACCUUGUUCUGGCUGAGGAUGAGGAGAUGAACCGAAUGCAUGAAAGCAUGAAACUGUUUGACAGCAUUUGUAACAACAAAUGGUUUACAGACACUUCAAUCAUUCUCUUCCUCAACAAGAAAGACCUUUUUGAGGAAAAAAUAAAGAGGAGUCCAUUAACUAUCUGUUAUCCAGAAUACACGGGUUCCAAUACAUACGAAGAAGCAGCUGCUUAUAUUCAGUGCCAGUUUGAAGAUCUGAACAGAAGAAAAGAUACGAAGGAGAUCUAUACCCACUUCACCUGUGCCACAGACACCAAGAAUGUGCAGUUUGUUUUUGAUGCUGUUACAGAUGUCAUCAUUAAAAACAACUUAAAGGAAUGUGGACUGUACUGAAGAGGGUCGGAUGUUAAUAAAAGUUAUUACAGUGUGGAGUGUUGAGACCAGACUUCUUUUGCUGUCUCAUUGGGCAGCCCCAAGCAUGAACGGGACCAGGGAAUGGCAGCAGCAUGCAGAAUCUUAGCACUCUUUAGCACAAUCUUCUGUAUUAGGGAACUCUUAAUUGACACGAGAUGCUAAAGUCAAACAUUGGAAUUGGAACAGCUGUAAAGUAUGAUUCGAUCAUCAAGACAUCACUUGGAUUUCAUAAUCUCAAACGUUUAGGGCCGAUGUGAAGUUGAGGUGCUGCAUUCCAGAACUUUAAUAUGUAGCUUACUCUUUUUUUCCUUCUUAACAAACCACCAGUAGUUCAUUUUUAAAGUUUUUUUUUUUUUUCAUCAGGAGAAUAACAUGACUAAAUUUUAUUUCUUUGCAAAAGAAUCUUUAUUAAAACACAAUCUUAACUAUGCACAUGAUGUGGCCAGAUCAUCUUGAAAAUUUUCCUCUUAGUAGGAACUCUUUGUUUUUAGCUUUUGGUAUGGUCAGAACAUAAUACUUCCAUAAUUACUUAAUUCUUUAUGGUUAUUGGGGCUAUGAUUAUAGCUUUUUUGGAUGAAAUUUAUGUUACUCUCCUGUUCAAAGUACCAUUAUGGUUUCUAAAUGGUAAUGACAUUGGAGAGUUCUGUAAUAAGAUUCUAGCUCUCUAACUUUUGUUUAAGCUUAUGGUUUAAGGUUAACCUGGUUUAUGCUGAUUACCAAAUUACUAGGUAAAUGCUGAUGUAGUAUGUAAAGCUAACUUCUUGGAUACAGACACACCCAGGGCAGCUGUCGAUUAGAAAUGCAAAUUGCUAAAAUCCAAACAGAAACAGUGACUUUGCUGCUACAGAUCUUCUAAAUUGACCCCUUUGGUUCUUGCUUGUUUGUCUCAGUCAUAGGGAGUUCUGUAAAAGAUGCCCCUUGUUUUCCAUCUUCCAUGGCCUUUUCUGUUGGGAAACAUCUCAAGUGUAUUAACAAUGCAUGCUUUUACUUUGUAAAUGUGGUGCCAAAUCCCUGUUUGCCAUUGUUUUUAUUGUAGCAAUGUUAAUUGUAGUAAUCCUUAGUCAGUACCUUCUUUUGCCGAAACUAUUGCAUUUUGGGACUUUUUCCACUAUGUUGUGUGUACAGAUUUUAAUCUGUUAUAGUUGGCAGCAGUAUUAAAAUGGUGAGUAAAGAGUCCAGGUUUGUUCCUGUUUGUAACUAGACCUUUCUGGAAAUAUUUUCUUCUGUUUCUUUUUGUCCCUGCUGAAUGUGCUUUGGCCUUUGUCUGAGACUGGGUUUAGGUAGAGGGUUCCCUGAAGGGCUAGUCUUUUGGUGUAAUGGUAUUGUUGAAUCUUGGCCUGACUGAGGGUCUUAUGUCCUAUCUGUGUAAGUGACAUGCAGUCAUAAUCCAUUUUCCAGGUUUACAUUUUGGUUUUGUGGAGAGCUUUAUUCACCUCAGCCUGCAGUCCUUUUGUAUACUGUACAGCAAUUGUCCUUAAAUACUGAAUGGGCCUUUGGGGGAAGGCAAAUGAAGAGAAUGCAUUUUGAGCAUUCCAAAUCAGCAGUUUGAGCAGUGCCUUUGGGGUCCAGUCUUUUUGGAUUGGAUUCUGUGUCAUCUUUUGAUGUAACCUUUUACUAGUUUAAAACAAAACAAAAAGGUUGGUGGUCAUCAAAGCUGGUUCAGAAAGCAAGCCACAGCAGUUCAGUGCCUUUAUUGGAAUUUUUUUUCUUACUCUUUUUGGAAAAGUAUAACUAUGCAGAUGGUAUAACUGUUAUUGUCUAAACAGUUUUUUAUUUUUUAGGGUUGGGAAAACUGGAUCUAAAAGAAAAUGAUCAGCUUCAAUUGGUGAUUAACUUAUGCCCACAUAAGUUGAUAGUUCUUGUUCAUUUUGAAUAUAUCUUUUCCUUAUUGUAUUCUUUGAUAUAGGAUCAUCUGGAAAUGAGAACUGGUGGAAUAUUGUUUUAACUGUAGUCUUUCUAUAGUCAGGGCUAAUGGGAUGGUAUUGUUGAUAAUCCAAAAUAACAAAUAAUCUAAGUAAGUUAAUUAUACUUUGAAAUGCAUUUUGUAUUUUCAUUUGAAUACGUCUGUCUGUUAUGUUCAUCUUUUAGCUUUUCUGUUAAUGAAAAAUAGUAGUUCUCCACUUUUCUGCCUUUAUACCAUUUACCUUUGUUCUGUAUUUACAUGAAGAUCACCCCCUAUCCUACUACCAUUCCAUGUAACUUACUUAAAUGCACAUUUCUUGAGGACACAGGGACACAAUUCAAGUCAGUGGUUUUCAAGUAUGCCUUAAGUCAAAAUCACCAGGAUCCAUCUCAACAAUUAACUCUUGGCCGGUGGGCUAGUGAUCUAUAGUUUUAAAAAGGUGAUUCUGAUCAUCAGCUUUGCAAAUCCCUGUUGUAUUUUGAAAUAAAAGAUCUUUUCUCAUAGCAGAGCCAGAGUGCGGGGGUUAAACAUCAUGUGUAUUAGCCUGGAGAAAAAGGAUUGAUAUUUGUAAUCAAAGAAACUAAAAGUUGCCUUGUAUCUUUUCUGCAGAGAAUGCUGGAGGUUUGUGAUGGACCACAUUUCAGUAUUCAUGUGGCCAGGCCUUGGACCAUCUAAGAAACCAGCACAUAUAAGAAAAUUAAAUUUUAAUGAAUAAAGAACAGUAAAUAGACCCUAGUAGGAAGGACUACAACAAUAGCUUUAUUUUGUUGACAGUCACAUCUUCACCUGAUUAAAACCUUGGGCUGUAAGAAAAAUGCCAUUCAUUAGGCUCUAUGUAAAGAGGAAGUAUUCUCCUUAAUGGCCAUUCUUCCCCAACCAUAUAAUUCAGACUUGCAAAAGAUUUCAUCUCCUGGCAUGAAAAUUCCAAGAAGUUUUACAGUUACUCAAAGUGAAUCUUGGGAUGACAUUUCAUCUAGGACAGUUUGAAUUCUAAAUCUCUAGUUGAGUGUGUCAUUUUAUUAUUUCCAGUGAUGGAUUGUUCUUUUUUUAAAAGGUGCUGCAUUCUAAGAAUAGAUGGACCAAAUUUUAAAAACUAUCUUCUUGCUUUGUUUCUUAUUCUCUUACAUGUUCUAUUGUGUUUUAUUACAUGCACAUUAUUUAGAGUAUUUAAAAAUAACUGCUGGUUCUUCUAAUUCAUUUGCCCACCUUAUAUUCUUUUUUUUUUUUUUAAAGAUUUAUUUAUUUAUUUGAGAGAGCGAGAAUGAGAGAGAGAGAGAGAGUACAUGAGAGGGGGGAGGGUUAGAGGGAGAAGCAGGCUCCUCGCCGAGCAGGGAGCCCAAUGCAGGACUCGAUCCAGGGACUCCAGGAUCAUGACCUGAGCCGAAGGCAGUCGCUUAACCGACUGAGCCACCCAGGCGCCCUGCCCACCUUAUAUUCUUAUAUCCUGGCCACUCUUCUCCGAUUUGCAGCUGUGACUUUCUUUGGAUAUUGCUUACUAGCCUGACUAGUUCUUCAUGUAUGUAUACAUUUGUUUAGCCUUCUGGAGCGUCCUGUUGCAGAACUGGUUGCUGUAUUGGCAGUUACAUAUAAGGUAAAGUUAGUCUUUCCCUCCAAUUAAAAACCUACCUUUGAUUGAUCUUUUUCCCCUUCCAGAUGUUCAGAAAACCACAGUCCUCUACUCAUUUAAACAUACCUAAAACAACACUAAUUUUCUUCACUCUUACUGCUUGUGAAAUCCUUCAUAUCUUAUACUGGCUUUAAGAACAAAGUUAUUUCAGUUUCCCAGUACUGCCAGGUCAUUUUUGUGUUCUUCUUCAGGCUUCAUAAUAGAAGUCAGAGAUCUGACCUGGACCAGCCACAGCUCUCCACAUAGCUUUAUGGCUGGCUGAGCACAAAAGCACACCAGGCUGCUUUGAGGCCUGAAAUUGAAAGUUGGUCUUGCUGUCAACCAUCCGGAAGUAAAAGAUUUAGGUGAGGUGAGGCACUGGGGAACAAACUUUCUGGAUGGUCAGGAUGUUUGUUCCUUUACCUUUGUUUAGUUUUUAACUCCCCCACCCACCCACCCCCAUUUUUUCAUAACUUGCAUGAGUUACUUCUGCUAGGACUCCCGGACAAGUCAAGACAGGACAGUUUUUUUCUGAUACUAUGUCAGGCUUACAUACCUGGCUUGACUCAAGUCUUCUUAGGCAUGAAAGAUAAUACAGAAGGUUAUAAUAGCAGUAGAUACCUGAGGUGCAUGAUUAACAUGCAGAUUCCCUGGCUAAACUCUACUAAAUUGAGAUGUUGGAGACAGGUCCCGAGAACAUGUAUUUUUAAAUAAACUCCUGCGUGGUUCUGGUGAAGCUAACCUGGGUCAACAUUUGCAGACAACUGAAUAGGACCUUAUGUUAAAGAUCAACAGAAAUAGGGGUCCCUGGGUGGCUCAGUCACUUAAGCAUCAGACUCUUGGUUUCGGCUCAGGUUAUGGCCUCAGGGUUGAGAGAUCAAGCCCCACUCAGAGACUGCUUGAGAUUCUCUCUCCCUCCUUUCCUCCUUCCCCAAAAAAACAAACGAAUAAAUAAAUCUUUUUUAAAAAAGAUCAACAUAAAUAGUAGACAUAUAACCUUAAAAGUCACUAGUAAACGAUUGAGGUAUUUUUUAUUUGCCAAUAAAUAUGAAGUACCUUUUGUACAUGACUUAGAGUGCCUUUCACCAAAAAAAUUAGUAAGAACUGUUAGUCAAAGAACAUUCCUACACUUUUGAUACAGAGUAUUUAGUUUUUAUACAAAAUUAAGACAAAACAAGAAACGUGGAGUUUCCAAACAUUUGUUUCAUUUGUGUUACUGCAUUUAUUCAGUGAAAAUUGAAAGAAACAUCAAAGAUAAAAUCCCAUGAUAGAGGUCUAGCUAUAUAUAUGUAAUAACCUGAAUAUUUAUUUACAGUUGGUGGAUAAAGAGCAAAGCUAGCUAGCUCUAAAUUAUAGACUGGAAAGUCUUUUUGAGACAAGGCUGGGGAAGGGGUAGGUAAGGGGAAUGAUUGUGGAGUCAAAUAGAAAAGUCUUUGUAUGCUUGCUGCUAAUGUUUCCCUGAAAUCUAGUGGGAAUCAACAAGGUAGCAGAAAUAAUCCAGUAUUAGUAAAUACGCUGCUGGGAUACUCAAAUGUAUUAGCAUCCAGAUGUAAGAUAACUUUGACAGGUGGAAUAUUAAAUUCUGUAAAGUGUGGUUUAUCUUUCUCCUAUCCUCUACUACCCCCCCCCCACUCCUGCCCCCAUAUUCCUUAUCAUUAUCCAAACAUGUUUACCUAGAGGCUUGUUUAAAUGUAAGUUUCCCAGCAGACCUAACAAAUCACAAGAAAUUAACUGUUCUUUUUAACUCUUCAUUUUUGCUCAUGGAGGAUAAAGGUCCUGAGACCUCUCAGAAUCUUGAGAGAGCUGUUUGUCACACCCAGUUCUAGUCUUUUCCUUGCUUCCAACCACCUAUGAAAUCUUUCUCUUAAAUCCUCAUCUGUUACCUAAAGGUAGACUAAAUUAUUCCUUCUAGCUAUGAUGUACUAUGGUUGUGAUCCAGUUGAAAUAACAUACUUAAAGUGCUUUGUAAAUACUCUUUAUAAUACUCAAGAUGAUACUGUACUGCAAAACAAGUAAUCUUUUAAGGCAAUACCAACAAAUGUAUUCAUUGUAGCCGGCGGUCUUCUCAGCAUCACUUUUGCCAUACUCAUUUUGAACGCCUGAGAUGAAGUUUAACUAUAAAUGGCUCUGAAAUUUGUCAAGGCGGGGUGAAAAGAAAGGUCUUUGCUUUGUUUUGUGUUUAAAUCCAGUUCUUUAUUUCUGUUCAUACUAGUGCUUGCUUUUUCAUGGCCAAAAGGCAGAAACUCUGCACUGUGUCUGUUGGACCUCACAGGAAUGUCUUCAUGCUUUUACCUAGCAGGAACACCAGAGGCUGAGGCACACUUGCAGUCCCUGGGCCAACACUGAAGUCCUUCUGGAAUCUGUGCUCCGGGGGCUGUGCCGGGUAGAGAGGGCAGUGGGAGGUAAGAGCUCUUCACCCUUCACCACCUUCUCCACCCAGCAUGGCCAGCACACUUUGGUCUACGGCACAUCUCCAAUGAUAGAGUGGGUUUUGAAUGCUGUUACUUCUUACCUUGGGGAUGGGGCUACCCUGAUUUGGACUAUAUGGGGUAUAUGUAAGUGAACUUUUUAUCACAGUAGGAACUGUUAAAGUAAAUGUGUCUUUUAUAUUGCUUUUAAGACUGAGUUUUUGUGCUGCUUUUACCCACAGAACAUAAAAGCACAUUUCCAAUUACAUUGUAUUUUUUCCACUAUUUUUUUUAUUGUGGUGAACCAUACAUAACAUAAACUUCACCAUCUUACUCAUUUUUAAGUACAUAGUUCAGUGGUCUGAAGUACAUUCACAGUGUGGCACAGCUAUCACCACCAUCCAUCUCCAGAACUUUUUUCACCUUCCCAGAUUGCAGCUCUGUACCCAUUACACACUAACUCCCCAUUCCCCCUCCUCCCAGCCCCGGUAACUCACUGUACUUUGUCUUUAUACAUUUGACUACUAUGAUACUUGAUAUAAGUGAAAAAUCAUACAAUAUUUGUCCUUUUGUGUUAAUCCUAACUGUAUUUUUGUAGAAAAAGAAAAGCAACUGUCAUCAGAUUCUCAAGAAGUGGAACCUAAUUCACAUUUGGCUUACUGUCAUCAGUGUCCAGUGCACUGCAAGGGAAUUGCAUUCAGAUCUCUGCCCUCUGAGGAUAUGAACAGAAAAUUAAUUACACCUUCAACAAACAAACUUAAAGCUAUUUAUAUUUUUGUUUUAUGCUAAAUUCACAGUCAAAUUUGAGGCUGAUUUGUAUUCAGUUUGGAGAGGAUACUGUUAAAUAUCUAUGAUUUAGGAUGGCAUAAUUUAAAAUAACCAAAAUUGGUUGGGAAUGGGAAGAGGUUAGGGAAAUGAGAAAAUUGACUUUGACUUUAUAGUAUAUGGUGGGCUUUCAGUAGCAUGGUGCAUAUAUAGAACACUGGCUUGGGAUUCAGAAGACCUGUUUUGGAGUUCUAGUUCUCCGACUUCCUAGCAGUUUGAUUUUGAAGCCAUUCCACGUCUCUGGGCCUCAGUUUCUUAUCUAUAAAUUGCUAGUGAAUAGUCCAGUGCCUGGACUAUUUUAAAAUUCCUUCUAGUUUUAUCAUUUUAAGAAUUAAGAUUGCAGUUCAUGAAAAUAGGGUUGAACUGGGGCGCCUGGGUGGCUCAGUUGGUUAAGCGACUGCCUUCGGCUCAGGUCAUGAUCCUGGAGUCCCUGGAUCGAGUCCCGCAUCGGGCUCCCUGUUCAGCAGGGAGUCUGCUUCUCCCUCUGACCCUCCUCCCUCUCAUGCUCUCUGUCUCUCAUUCUCUCUGUCUCAAAUAAAUAAAUAAAAUCUUUAAAAAAAAAAAAAAAAUAUCCUACUGGGACUAUAACUCAACAAAAAAAAAACAAACCAAAUUAAAAAUGGUUAAAGGACUUGAAUAGACAUUUCUCUAAAGAAAAUACACAAAUGGGCUCCUGGGUGGCUCAGUUGGUUAAGCGACUGCCUUCGGCUCAGGUCAUGAUCCCGGAGUCCCGGGAUCGAGUCCCGCAUCGGGCUCCCUGCUCAGCAGGGAGUCUGCUUCUCCCUCUGACCCUCCUCCCUCUCAUGUUCUCUGUCUCUCAUUCUUUCUGUCUCAAAUAAAUAAAUAAAAUCUUAAAAAAAAAAAAAAAUAGGCUUGAACUGGUUCUGACCUACCUCGUUACAAAAAAGAAUUUCUGGUGAUGCAUAAGAUUCAGCAU